UGGGCCCGAGCGAGCGGGGGCGCUGACGAGUAGUAAGGGCUUCGGAGGCGGGUGGCUGCGGUGGAGCGCGGAAAGCCAGCCGGAGGCCGCGGGUGGGGGAGGGAGGCUCCGGGGGCGAACGGGCCGUAGGGAGCCCCACCGCCCGAGCCCCCGAGACUGCCAGCGCGGUGCACCCUGCGGCCGCCACCUCCUUUCGGCACCGCAGUUGCCAUGAGAACACUGGAACUUUCACCGGGACCAAACUGGCUACCAGCCCUACCAGAGCCCAUCCGGUUCUCCAUUUAAACGCCCCUGGCAGGCGCGGGCCUGACAGUUCUUCACUCUAAGGGUCCUCCUCCCUGUUCUCGGGUCUGUCCUCCCUAUGUUGCAAGAAACCAAGCAGGGUUAGAAGGUAGGGAUGAGGCGGGGGAUGGAGCGGGCAGCGCCUAGAGUAAGAGCUGCUGACGGGCAGAAGACCCCUACUGUGAAGCUAAGGUUGCUUCCGCCGUCUCAGGCCAGGUAAAGUGCAUAUCGGAAGACCGUGUGGAGGGAGAAGGCAGUGCCACUGUUGAGACAAGUCCCAAGGCUAGGUCAGGGACUGUCCCUAGAGGCUCCUCAUUAUGAUGGCUGUGGAAGGAUCAACCAUUACCAGCCGUAUCAAGAACUUGCUGCGGUCCCCAUCCAUCAAAUUACGCAGAAGUAAGGCAGGAAACCGGAGAGAGAACCUCAGCUCCAAGGUGACCUUGGAGAAGGUGCUGGGAAUAACAGUAUCUGGAGGCAGAGGACUUGCUUGUGAUCCACGAUCAGGUUUAGUUGCCUACCCAGCUGGGUGUGUGGUUGUACUGUUCAAUCCCAGGAAACACAAACAACACCAUAUCCUCAACAGUUCCAGGAAAACUAUUACGGCCCUUGCCUUCUCCCCUGAUGGCAAGUACUUGGUCACUGGAGAGAGUGGGCACAUGCCUGCCGUGCGGGUUUGGGAUGUAGCUGAAUGUAGCCAGGUGGCAGAGCUACAAGAGCAUAAGUAUGGCGUGGCUUGUGUGGCAUUCUCUCCUAGUGCCAAGUACAUAGUCUCCGUGGGCUACCAGCAUGAUAUGAUUGUCAACGUUUGGUCCUGGAAGAAAAACAUUGUAGUGGCCUCCAACAAGGUGUCCAGUCGGGUGACAGCAGUAUCCUUCUCUGAAGACAGCAGCUACUUUGUCACUGCUGGCAACCGGCACAUCAAAUUCUGGUACCUUGAUGACAGUAAGACCUCAAAGGUGAAUGCCACUGUGCCCUUGCUGGGCCGCUCAGGGCUGCUGGGGGAAUUGCGGAACAACCUGUUCACUGAUGUGGCCUGUGGCCGAGGGAAAAAGGCAGACAGCACCUUCUGUAUCACAUCCUCAGGGCUGCUAUGCGAGUUCAGUGAUCGAAGACUUCUGGACAAAUGGGUGGAGCUAAGAAACACAGACAGAUUCACAACCACAGUGGCUCAUUGUAUCUCUGUGAGCCACGAGUACAUCUUCUGCGGCUGUGCGGAUGGCACUGUGCGCCUUUUUAACCCCUCCAACCUGCACUUCCUCAGCACCCUACCUAGACCCCAUGCCCUCGGAACAGACAUUGCCAGCAUCACUGAGGCCAGUCGCCUCUUCUCUGGAGGGGUCAAUGCCAGGUAUCCAGACACCAUUGCCCUGACCUUUGAUCCAGCUAAUCAAUGGCUAUCUUGUGUAUACAACGACCACAGCAUCUAUGUUUGGGAUGUGAGGGACCCCAAGAAAGUGGGCAAGGUGUACUCAGCUCUGUAUCAUUCCUCCUGUGUCUGGAGUGUAGAGGUCUAUCCUGAGGUGAAGGACAGUAACCAGGCCUGCCUGCCCCCAAGUUCCUUUAUUACCUGUUCCUCAGACAACACCAUCCGCCUGUGGAACACAGAGAGCUCCGGAGUACAUGGUUCUACCCUGCACCGAAACAUCCUCAGCAAUGAUCUCAUUAAGAUCAUCUAUGUGGAUGGGAACACUCAGGCGUUGUUGGACACUGAGCUACCUGGAGGAGACAAAGCUGAUGGGUCGCUGAUGGAUCCCCGUGUAGGCAUUCGCUCUGUUUGUAUCAGCCCCAAUGGACAACAUUUAGCUUCAGGAGACCGCAUGGGCACGCUUAGGGUGCAUGAACUGCAGUCCCUGAGUGAGAUGCUGAAGGUAGAGGCCCAUGACUCUGAGAUCCUGUGCCUAGAGUACUCUAAGCCAGACACUGGUCUGAAGCUGCUAGCAUCAGCAAGCCGUGACCGGCUGAUUCAUGUGCUGGAUGCUGGACGGGAAUAUAGUCUACAGCAGACGCUGGACGAACACUCAUCCUCCAUCACUGCUGUCAAGUUUGCAGCCAGUGAUGGGCAAGUGCGCAUGAUCAGCUGUGGAGCAGAUAAGAGCAUUUACUUCCGCACUGCACAGAAGUCUGGAGAUGGAGUGCAGUUUACACGAACACACCAUGUGGUACGGAAGACAACUCUCUAUGACAUGGAUGUUGAGCCCAGCUGGAAGUACACAGCCAUUGGCUGCCAGGACCGAAAUAUUAGGAUCUUUAACAUUAGCAGUGGGAAGCAAAAAAAGCUGUUUAAAGGGUCACAGGGUGAGGAUGGCACCCUCAUUAAGGUGCAGACAGACCCUUCAGGGAUCUAUAUUGCCACCAGCUGUUCUGAUAAGAAUCUCUCCAUUUUUGACUUCUCCUCAGGCGAGUGUGUGGCCACUAUGUUUGGUCACUCAGAGAUUGUCACUGGCAUGAAAUUUAGCAAUGAUUGCAAACAUCUCAUCUCUGUGUCAGGAGACAGCUGCAUAUUUGUCUGGCGACUCAGCUCUGACAUGACCAUCAGCAUGAGGCAGCGUCUGGCUGAGUUGCGCCAGCGCCAGCGAGGGGGCAAACAGCAAGGACCAGUCUCUCCCCAAAAGGUUCCUGGACCCAAACAGCACAAGACUCCCGUGAUCCCCUCUCCUGCACCAGCUCUCUCAUCAGACAGUGACAAGGAGGGAGAAGAUGAGGGCACUGAAGAAGAAGAACUGCCAGCUCUGCCCAUCCUUACCAAGAGUACCAAGGAAGAGCCAGCCCCAACCCUGCUCCGAAGCCUGUCCCACUGGGAAAUGAGUCAGGCACAAGAGACCACGGAGUUCCUGGGCGCAGUACCUGUAGCCAACUCGGGACCCAAAAGAAGGGGUCGCUGGGCUCAGCCAGGCAUGGAGCUGAGUGUUCGCUCCAUGCUGGACUUGCGACAGCUGGAGACCCUAGCCCCAAGCCCUUGUGGCCCUAGCCAGGACUCACUGGCUGGUUCCCCAUCCAGUCCUGGGAAGCGUGGUUCACAGGCCCCUGAGCCUUCAUGUGCUAGCCAGAAUGAAAAGCCCCUUCAACUUCAGGCUUCCCAACCCUGUUCCUGCCCCCACAUUAUCCAAUUGUUGUCACAAGAAGAAGGAGUCUUUGCUCAAGAUCUGGAGCCUGCAUCCAUUGAGGAUGGUAUUGUCUACCCGGAGCUCAGUGACUGCCCUUCCAUGGAUACCAGUGUGUUUCAGGUGCAGGCUCCAACUCGAGGAUCCCUGAGAAGAGUGUACCCAGGCAGCAGGGGCUCAGAAAAGCACAGUCCUGACAGCGCAUGCUCUGUAGAUUACAGCAGCAGCCGCCUUUCCAGCCCUGAGCACCCCAAUGAAGACUCUGAGAGCACGGAGCCCCUAAGUGUGGAUGGCAUCUCCUCAGACCUUGAAGAGCCAGCCGAGGGUGAUGAAGAAGAGGAAGAGGAGGGAGGCACUGGCUUCUGUGCAUUACAAGAAGGCAGCCCACAUACCCCGGAUCAGGAGCAGUUUCUAAAACAGCACUUUGAGACUCUGGCCAAUGGGGCUGCUCCAGGGGGUCCAGUGCGGGUCCUAGAGAGGACAGAGCCUCGGAGCAUCUCAUCACGAUUCCUCCUGCAAGUGCAGACCCCGCCACUCAGGGAACCAUCCCCAUCCUCCUCAAGCUUGACCCUGAUGUCAAGACCUGACCAGGUGUCACAGGUGUCUGGUGAGCAGCUGAGAGGCAGUGAUUCCAAUCCCCCUGGAGCACCCUCUCUUGGAAACCCCAGCCCCCAGCAGGCAGCCCCUGUGCUCUUGCCACGCCGCCGUAACAACCUGGACAGCAGCUGGAUCCCCAAGAGAGUGACUAUAACCCGCCCUUUAGCUGGACUCCAGAAAGCCCAGUCUGUGCACAGUUUAGUGCCACAAAAUGAGGUGCCUUCAUCAGGUUCACUGCUCUCCCGGGAGAUGGAGGUCCAGGGUAGCCUGGGCUCCUUGCCACGGGCUGAUGGUUACCCAUCUCAGCCCCAUUCCUACCAGAACCCCAACACCAGUUCUAUGGCCAAGCUAGCCCGCAGCAUCUCUGUUGGGGAGAACCCGGGCCUGGUGGCUGAACCUGCUGUGCCCAUCCGAAUCUCACCAGUCAGCAAGCUAGCUCUGCCCAGCCGUGCUCACCUUGUUCUGGACAUCCCCAAACCACUGCCUGAUCGUCCUACUCUGACCACUUUCUCCCCUAUAACCAAGGGCCGGGUCCCAAAUGAAGCAGAGCAGCCUGGCUCCCCAAUGGGUCUACAAAAAGCUCAUACUACAUUUGAGAGGCAGGCCUGUUUGGGGGAGGGUUCCACUCCUAAGCGUAGGACAGAGUGCCAAGCUCAUUCUGGGCCCAACAGCCCUUGUGCCCAGCAACUGCCAGUCAGCAGCCUCCUCCAAGGCCCUGAGAACUUUCAGCCCCCAUCCCCCAAGAAGACUCCCAACCCCAUGGAAUGCACCAGGCCAGGGGCAGCCCUGAGCCAGGACUCAGAACUGGCCUUGAGCCUGCAACAGUGUGAACAGCUUGUGGCAGAGCUCCAGGGGAAUGUACGUCAGGCUGUGCGGCUUUACCACUUGGUGGCCAGCUGUAAGACACCUUCAGCAGAGCAAAGUCACAUCACUCGGCUCCUGAGAGACACCUUCUCUUCAGUGCGGCAAGAGCUAGAGGCCCUGGCUGGGGCUCCACUGUCCAGCCCAGGUGGUAGCCCUGGGGCUGUGGGAGCUGAGCAAACUCAGGCCUUGCUAGAGCAAUACUCAGAGCUAUUGCUUCGAGCCGUGGAGCGGCGCAUGGAACGCAGACUCUGAGUUCCAGAAGCCUGCAUUGAGAAAAUGCUCCCCCAUUCCAAACUGUAACCCCUCUUCCACUCAUCCAAACCUGUAAGAAUGUCUGGAAUGGACAGCAGGGGUCAGUGCUCAAAGGCAAAGCAGCUUUCCCAGCUGUUCCUCAUGGGGCCCCUGUAUUUAUUAAUUUAUUUCCCUGACUGUUGCCUCACUUCCUUGAAACUCCUGCCUCUAAAGCCCUCCAGUGGCUCAUGGCAGGGUAGGUCUUGGGUCUUUUGUCAUCUUGGUGCUGUGUAGGAUAAGAGGGUAGCCUGCCUCAUUGAGGGACAUUGGGAAGGGUGGCCUUCUCUUCUUAGAAGCCAUUUGAAGUUACUUCAGGGAUCAGCUCCCUGGAGUGGAGCAUACACAGGGUACUCUAUGGGGUAGAGGUAAGAGGUGAUGUAGUAUUUAGUGCCCUAAAGCCAACUGUAGACCUUCACCUCUGCUUCCCCUCCCACACCAGCUGCACUAUCCUGGCUGCCAUAGCAGGGGUGAUUUUCCCCAAUUUCUGGCAGUUUAGAAAGGCAGAGUUGCCUGGCCGCCCAGGGUAUUCCCAGCCAGCAGACAACCUGAGUUGGUAUCAGGACCUGAGCCCCCACAUUCCACUCCCAUUCUCCCUACAAGAGGACUCCAGCAUUGUCUACAUCCCCCACCCCAACCCUUUCUCUCCUGGCCAGUCCUUGUAGAGCCAGCUGUGGGAUGUUGCUGCAGGACAGUAAAAGUCCUCUGCUGGGCAAAUGCAAACUAAGGCCACCACUUUCACUCUGCAUCCUGAGUGAUGCUCAGUCAGAAGCCUGUGUUGGAAUUUCCCUCAUGGUUUACAGGGCACCUGCCCACCUUCCUAGGACCUUGCCACAGAUGAAAUCAUAUACACAGUUUGAGUGCUCAUCAUCAGAGUACUAGGCUUGCUAGCAUAUGCCUGGUUUCUGGACACUCUGCCUCGGCUUCACUGGCUUUCAUAGGACUUUUAUCAAGGAAUAGAGCACACUACACCCAAAUUCUAGGUUCUUGUUUUCUAAAUUUUGAAAAUUAUAUUGUCUGGCUUUCACAUCAGUCUCAUGAACCUCUUUCACAAUUCUUUUUUUCUGUAUUUUAAUAUUUACCUAUCUCAUAUACAACAUCUUAAUCAUCUUUAUACCCCGUUCCCCAUCAGCACCCUCCUCUAGCACCUCCUCCUCUGGAUUUCAUGCAUUCUGUCAUUUAUGUUAAGGCCUAUCACGUCAAGUUAGUAUGCCUUCACAUCUUUCAGUGAACAUUCAUCCACUGGGGUCUAGUCAGCCUAUCUAGAGUCAUUCCUUUAAAGAUCAGCUCUUCCUCACUCAGGAGUAAUCAGCUGUCUAAUAGUUACUCGGCCAAGGUUGGGGCCUGCUGCCCAUUUCCACAGUUCUAUGCUAGGCUUUUGUCUGCUUGUGUUUGCAUGAAUCUUGUGCAUGCUGUCACCAUUGCUGUAAGUUCGUUACGUGCAAGGUCCCAG